CCUCAUCAACACCUCUGCGAACCAUUCCUCGACGGAGAAGGCGGAGUCGUCAUGCUACCUGGAAUCGAACCCUUAAACCCCCUCCUCCUCCUUCCGGCCCAGAAGCUCACCCUCGGCUGCCCCGUCCUCGACCGGCUCCUCCGCGGCGGUCUCCCCGUCGGUUCCGUCACCGAGAUCGCCGGCGAGAGUGCCGCCGGCAAGACCCAACUCUGCCUCCAGCUCCUCCUCGCAGCCCUCCUCCCCCCCUCCCGCGGCGGCCUCUCCGCCGCCUCCCUCUUCAUCCACUCCGAGUUCCCGUUCCCGAUUCGCCGCCUCCACGCCCUCUCCUCGUCGUCCUCGGCCGCCGACCCUCUCGGCCACAUCUUCGUCGCCGCCGCCCACUCCCCCGACGACCUCCUAUCCCUCCUCGCCACCGCCGACGGCCUCCUCGCUCGUCCCCCCACCCACCUCCCCGUCAGGCUCAUCGUGGUCGACUCCAUCGCUGCCCUCUUCCGCUCCGACUUCGAUAAUAACCCUAAAGACCUAAAGAAGCGAUCUUUCCUGUUCUUCAAGAUCGCAGCCAAGCUCAAGGAGCAAGCAAAGCGAUUCGGGUCGGUGGUGGUCGUGACCAACCAGGUCGUCGAUGUCGUCGGCUCCGAGGAAGGAGCCAAUGGGCAGAGGGUGGGGAAUUACGCUUCUCUGUGGUCUUCGGGGAGGCGGGUUUGCCCGGCUUUAGGGCUCUCUUGGGCGAAUUGCGUAAAUACUAGACUCUUCUUGUCGAGGAAGGACGAGGUUGCGGACGACGCUGGCUCAUCGAGAACUAGGAGGUGGAUGCAGGUUGUGUUUGCGCCACACUUGCCCGAGGCUUCUUGCGAGUUUGUGAUCGUCAGAGAAGGGGUGUCUGGUAUCGAGCUGCAAAGCCAUGAAAGCCACCCUGCACAAGCCGCAUCCUGCCGCUGUUGGACUCGUCUGCCUCGCCGUCGUCCUGCGAGCCUUCGUCUACCUCGUCAUCUACCCGAAGGAGUUCGAGCUGCAGUCGUUCGUCACCGCCUGCCGCACCUCCUCCUCCGCGGCUGCGGUCAGCUUCACCGAGCCCGUCACGGUGGAACCCGACUUCCGCCUCCUCCUUGGCGUCCUCACCCGCGCCGACCUGUACGAGCGCCGCCACCUCCUCCGCCUCGUUUACUCGCUCCAGACCAACCUCACCGCCCACGUCGACGUCCGCUUCGUCCUCUGCAGCCUGACCAAGGAGGAGCAGCGGGUGCUGGUGGCCAUGGAGAUCAUGCGCUACGACGACGUCAUCAUCCUCAACUGCACCGAGAACAUGAACGAGGGCAAGACCUACGCGUACUUCGCCAGCCUCCCGAAGCUGUUCGACGGGGACCGGCCGCCUUAGGACUUCGUGGUCAAGGCGGACGACGACAUCUACUUCCGGCUCCCCAAACUGACCGAGUCGCUGAAGAAGAUGCCGAGGGAGGACCUGUACUGCGGCUUCGUUGAAGCCCUGCGACAGCAUGGAUCCGUUCCACGAGUACAUGCCGGGGAUGGGGUACCUGCUCUCAAGGGACUUAGUGGAGUGGAUCUCGAUGGAUUUAUGAGCUUAAAAAAAAAAUACUUUUUAGGAUAAAAGAGAUUCGGGAUUUAUGAGUUCUUGAUUCUCAUACUCCUCAAACAAUAUGAGACUAAAUGAUAUGA